AUCAACAAUACAGUCAUUCGUUGACAGUAGACAAUCGGUUUUAGAGCUAAACACACUUUUCAGCAACUACCGUGCAACCGUACACUUUCGCGUUUGUAAACGUGUUUACUUAAACAUGUUCACCUGAAGUAGUUCAGGGUCCCGUGUAACCGCGCCCUAAUAGAUAUUAUCUAUAUCUACAUGCAUAGAACUUAAAACAAAAUAGUAGGUGUUGUGUUCAUUGGUUCAGUACUUUAUUUACUCUAUGAUUGGUUCAUUGGUUGUCCGAUGUUAAAAAACUUGUAAACAUGGAUGGUUAAAUUUGCUUAUAUUAAAUGCUGUAUUGUAAAUGAAAAAAAAAAAAAAAAUUCUCGCAAAAGUAUGUUUUGUUAAUGUAAAAGUUGUAAGUAUGCAUAACAAAUCAAGCAAUUUUGUUUCUGGCAUAUAUCGUUCGAAAGACUUGAUUAAAAAUUUGAAAAUCAGGGUACGGCUGGAGAAGGAGAAACUGUCACUGGUGGCCGUUCAUCGCGAGGCGUCUGACGAAGAUGGACGCGUCGGGGUCGAGGAGAGGGAGUUCUCUUGGCAGGAAAAGGUUUUCAGCCCGUCCGAGGUGUCGUACUACAAGUUUGCCGGGAACUGCCACUCCCCGUUGGAGGAGAAGUACCACGAGGACGUGGCCCGCCUGUGGGAGGCUGGGAUGCCCACGAACAGGCUGUUCACCUACACGGAUGUGGACAAGUACACGGGCGAUGAGGAGAUGCAUGGUCGAGUGGUGGCGCAUGCACGACCAUCGUCCUCCCCGGACGAUGCCCUGAAGCAGUCCGCCGUGCGGGGUCGCAGGCGGCAGGGGCGAGAGCUGCACCAGAGGCACAACAUACUCGACUACUUCCCGAGCGACGACGCGCUGAGGAGGAACCACACGCUGCAGAACGCUUGCCAGACGUUCCGCAUCUUGGCAGACUUGAGCUCUGCCGACAUCACAGAAGAAGUGGACUGGGUGGGGAGGUCGGAGUACGUUUUGUGCACGAUACGUUGGGACAGCGUAAACGGUGUCCUUCAGGUCACACCGGACUUCUCCCCGGAUCCUUACCUUGUGGAAGUGGACGAAGACUGCAGGAGUUUGUACAGCUACUGGGUCACCCAUGCAUCCAGUGACAUCUCGCAGGAAGAGCGCGACUGUGAAAGAGAGCUUAUGGACAAGCUUACUGAGCAUCAUUUGAGUAUUCGUCAGCUCCAGAUUGGCUCAGAUUUUGACGUACCGGAUGAUGGGGUUCUGACUGUAUUUGUCAUGGGGGAAAUAAUGUGUGCUGAGAAUUUUGAAGCUGAUCAGUUAUUCAUUCACUUCCUUGUGGAACUUCCAAAAGGUUGGAGCUGUGAUGACCCGGAACAUCUCUCGGGCAUAACCCAGGCGUGCCAAACUGACAGAGCAGAUGUGGCCAAUUUUGGACACACAUUUCAGAUGAAACUGAACCACAGUCUUGACCGUCUUCAAAUUGAACCAGACGCGCUGCCGGGGGGACCGCAGGUGUUCCUGGAGGUGGUGUCCCGCGACGGCUGGGGGCGCUGCAGGAGCGAGGGUUACGGCAGCGCGAGGCUCCCUGCCGCCCCGGGGCGCCACGAGCUGUCCACGCCCACGUGGAGGCCUCGGCCCGCCGGCGUCGGGCCCCGGCUCCGGCGGUUCUUCCUGGGCGGCGCGCCCGAGCUGCUGAGCCUCGCGCACAGCGGCGUGCCGUGCGACCCCCAGGGUCCUGUGGUGAGCAAGUAUGGCCUGCCGACCGUCACCAGCGGCAGCGUGCUGCUACGCCUGGACAUUGUUCACCAGUCUCGUGCGCUGGCCGGCGAGGGGGCGGGCCCCCGGGAGAAGGACGUCGUGGCCCUCGCGGAGAGGCCGAGCGCGGCGACGCUGGUCGGAAGCGUCAACGGCGCGCUGCUGGCAUUCCGCCGGGCGCGCGAGCGCAUGCUGCAAGCCAGGGACGCAGCUCAGGCCACCUGAGAACUCUGUCAGUGGGUGGCUGGCCUUGUAUCAUGCCUCCCUGAAUCUACCAGUUACAAACGAGGGGGGUUGGAACGAAAGAGAAGUCAAGUCAUGUUUUUUUUACUUAACUGAGACGAAUGCUGAUUCAUCCGUUUAAAUAUUAAUUUUAUUUUAUUAUUUUGAAACUGAUAUAUAUAUAUAUAUAUAUAUAUAUAUAUAUAUAUAUAUAUAUAUAUAUAUAUAUAUACACACACACACACACACACACACACACACACACAGAUACACACACAUACACACUUUUAUACAUACACUUUUAUCCUCAAAAAUACCAAUAAAAUCAUACAUUGAAAUUUUUAUGGUGAUAAUUAAAAAAAAAAAAGACACGUAUUUUACUUACUUCACGUUAAUUCUAACAUUAUCUGUAGAUUGCAUCAAAACUAAGAGUAUGCGCAGGUUCAGAAAAUCAAAGAUGAGUCCAAAACUAAGUUUAUUUGACUUGCAAAAACUUACAAGAUUUUUAAAGUUUGUUUAGAGGAAAAUACAGCAAACCCAGAAUUUAACUAGGAUGUUUGGAGCUAUAAAGAACCUAAACACUAUAAGCUAACUGCAUUUGCACUUGGAAAAAAAUUUACAUAAUUAAAAAUAUAUAUUAGAAACAUCAGUAUACUGAUAAAGCUUAAUAGGUGUCUGUAAAACAACCUACAACGUGAAUUGGACUGUUGAAUUAUUUCAGGCCUACUCAGUCCAGUUUUUUUUAUGAAAUAAAGAUUUUAUAAGAGAUGUUUUUAUCAUCAUGUUAUUAAUUAUUAUAUUUAAUAUCCUCUCUUGUCAUCUUUGAUUUGGCUGACAAAAAAUAAGGGCAGCCUCUCAUCGCAAGAAAGAAAAAAGAAAACAUUGCUGCUUUUUGCUCGUGCAUACAUAUGCAUUAGUAAAAAAAAGAAAGGAAUGAGCUAAGUUUCUUCUGUUUUUUUUUAUCACAUACAGAAAUUUUUUAUGUUUCUUCAACUCAGAAUAGAAACAGACCUCUUAGAUCUAGAGCACUAUUAACAAAGUGGAAUACUUGCAAAGCAAUUACAACUAUUUUAGUUAUCUUUUAAGAUUUGCUUGAAAAAAAAAAUUAAAAAAAAGUUUUAAUUCAGAAUAUACAUAAUGUUAUGACACGGCUAGCUGCGAGGCUAGCCAGCCAGCUCACGCGUGAUUGGCUAGCCAUGGCAGUGAUUGGCUGACUUAUUCUAGACUAAAACUGGGUACAGGUAAAAACUGCAGACACACAGGAUAAACCCUGGGCACUUACAUGCGGGAUGCAAAAUUUCAUGCAUUAGUAUCAAGCAGGUUGGUUAUGGGAAACAGAAGGAUGGUUCUGGAAGAAGAGUUGGACAGAGUAGAAAAGAGUCUUACCAUGCGGGUGGUUAGGGGCUUGGACAUUACUGUCCACAUUGAUUUUGGGUGACACUGGUUGUUUCGGGGGUGAUGUUUUGUCGUUUCCCGCCAGGCUGCCAGCCAGCCCAAGGGUAUGUGUAUAUGAAUUAAUAAAUUAAUCAAAAAAUA